AUGGCACACCGACCUGCAUAUCACAGAAUUCACGCGAUGCCUGCUUCAAUAUCUUCUGCUGUCACGGCCGUGGCCGACGAUUGGCGAGCGAGUGAAGAAAUUGACUUUAAACUACAUUUCAAAAUCGAAGACUUGAUUGGCAUAGACGCACUUUCACAACACGGAUCUGACCUUGAGGCUAAUGACAAACCUCCUGAGGAUUCCUCGGACUCCUUUCCUGAUGGCGGGCUGGAGGCUUGGCUGGUUGUCCUUGGCGGAUGGUGUGCCCUGGUAUGCACUUUUGGACUGAUCAACUCGGUUGGGGUGUUUGAGCAGUAUUAUGUAUCUGGUCCUCUGAAGGCAUAUGGCCAGUCGACUGUGAGUUGGAUUCUAUCGGCGCUGGUCUUUUUGCAAAUCUUUUGCGGAUCAAUAUUUGGUCUCGUGUUCGACAACUACGGGCCACGAUGGCUCCUGCGGGGAGGCUCAGUCACCUUCAUCUUCGGCCUCGUGAUGCUCUCCUUCUCCACCGAGUACUACCAGAUAUUUCUUUCCCAGGGCAUUGUUUCCGCAAUCGGAUCCAGUGCCGUGUUCCACGCAGCCAUGUCUUCCAUCGCCAGCUGGUUCCAGAAGAACCGCGCCGCCGCCUACGGCGUCAUGGUCACGGGCUCGUCUUUCGGCGGGCUCUUCUGGCCCAUCAUGAUGAACAAACUGAUUGUCAAAAUCGGAUUCCCGUGGAUGAUGCGAGUCAUGUCGCUCAUAUUCAUGUUCUUGCUUGCCUUUGCGUGCUUAACCGUCAAGACGAGAUUGCCCCCUAAGCUGCGCCGAUUCGUCCUAAAGGAGUACCUAGACAACCUCAAGGAUAUUCGUCUGGCCAUCACUUCCGUGGCUGCAUUCUUCUUCAUGCUGGGCAUGUUUCUGCCGUUCAACUACGUCCUCCUCCAGGCUGAAAAGGCCGGCUUCUCUCCGGCCUUGAUCCCGUAUCUGCUGCCCAUACUCAACGCCGUGAGUAUCCUGGGGCGAGUUCUUUCGGGUGUUACUGCCGACAAGGUUGGUAGAUUCAACAUGAUGGUAUCAAUCACCUUUUUCUCUGCCCUUGUUUGCCUUGUGAUCUGGAUACCCAUCAAGAGCAUCGCCGGUGUGCUUGUUUUUGUCUCCAUCUUUGGGUUCGCUUCUGGAGGCUUCAUCGGUGUUUGCACAACGCUUGUCUCGCAAAUCUCCGACAUCAGCCAAAUAGGCACUCGAGUCGGCACACUCUUUGCAAUUGAGUCCAUUGGAGCGCUGAUAGGAAGCCCCAUUGGCGGUGCAAUUGUGUCAGCCCACCAUGGUGAUUACCUGGGCUUGCAGCUGUUUUGUGGCUGUUCUAUGAUGAUAGGGAGUCUCAUGUUUAUUUGGGCCAGGCAUAUACUAGUUGGGUUCAGAUGUAUAAAAGUGUAA